UAUUUUCGGCUUAAAAAUCGAUAUUCCUUGCCCUAACUCAGACCGUUCUGACCAAAGGUCAAUACCUUACACCACAGCUUCCUCUUCAAAAUCCAAUAAUAUUCCAGCCACAGAUUCCUCAAAUCUAACAUCUGGAUUUCAGCUAAUUUCUUUUGAUUUUCAGAUCCACGCCCAAAAGGACCCGCAAUUCACGCGUGCGCUACAAUGACGAAACACUGAAUCACAACCCCCUCUAAGCUCCUUCCAAUGGCGAAUAAUCCCAACAAAGGCAAGUUCUUUUACACACUGUUUUUGGUUUUCACUCUAGCUUCUGUUUCUAGGUUAUUGGUAAGCUCUAACUCUGUCCCAAUCCAACACGAACACGAGCACGAGCACGAGCACGAGCACGACCGCGAUCUAUACAGUGAACCCGAAACUGAAGUUACUAGUAAAUUCAAUGAAGAACAAGUUUUGUUUCAUAAACUGGAAGACUUAGUGAGAAGCCUUAGUGAAAUAGUUACUAGGUUAGAAUCAAAAUUAUCGGAGUCUCCGAAGGUGCCAAUUACUACGAAUGAGAAGUACCAUAAAGAAAAGGAUAAGAUUCUUCGAGGAGAUCACGUUGGUGAAAGAUUAGCCGAAGAUUAUGGGGAAGAGGGUUUUGUGGGUAAGACCCCAGUGGGAGACAAAGGGGGGGCGGUUUCGGUAACGAAGUAUAGUCCCUUCUGGUCGGAGCGGUUUCAGUUUGUGUCGGCUGUGAAAUUGGAUUCAGAGGCGACGUGUAUUAAUGUGUUGCCGUUUCGGGAUUAUGAGGGGCUUAGUAAGUACGUCACGGUCGGGGACGAGAGAGGGAGGAUUUAUGUGUUUUUGAGAAAUGGGGAUGUUUUGGUUGAGUUCUAUACAUUGUCCGAGUCGCCAAUUACGGCCAUGCUUUCGUACAUGUCGAUUUAUAAGAAUGAGAGUGUUCUGGUGACGGGGCAUCGCAAUGGUGCAGUCUUGAUGAAUCGGGUUUGGGAGGGGUCGUCGAAUGGAGAGGAGUGGAGUUCUUUGCUUUUUAUGGAAAAUGUAGGUAAGUUUGUGCCUGCUGAUAGCAGGGAAGAUGUUUCGUUGCCAAUAGAUAUCUUGGAAGUGCAUCAUGUUGGGAGGACGAGGUACAUUUUGUCUGUUGAUGGUCGUGGAAAGAUUAGGGUAUUAACAGAAAAUGGGACUCUCUAUGGUUCAGCUAUGCCAACGAGCAGGCCGCUUGCGUUCUUUAAGCAGCGGCUAUUGUUUCUGACGGAGGCUGGUGCAGGGUCAUUGGAUUUGAGGAGCAUGAAAGUUAAGGAGUCUGAGUGUGAAGGGCUGAACCGUUCCCUCGCUCAGAAUUAUGUUUUCGAUGCCAUGGAGCGGUCUAAAGCAUAUGGAUUUACAGCAGAGGGUGAUUUAAUACAUGUAAUGCUCCUGGGGGAUAUAAUGAACUUCAAAUGCCGGGUUAGAUCGAAGAGGAAGUUUGACAUGGAUGAGCCCCUUGCUUUUCAGUCAAUUAAGGGGUAUUUGCUUAUUGUUAGCGAGGAGAAGGUUUUUGUGUUCAACGUUUCAUCUCAGCAUUAUGUUAGGAUCGGUGCACCUCGGCUUGUUUUCUCUGCUGGUCUGGAUGAUAUCAGAUCAUCUUUCCUAAGUUAUCAGACAAUGGACGUGGAUGCCGGGAGGAGAAGGGCGAUACCCUUAGUAGCCAGUGACCGUGAAAAGCUUAUUGUUCUUGGGCUUGGAAGUGGGUAUGUGGGAAUGUAUCGCUCUAACCUUCCAGUAUUUAAAGGGGAAUCUAAUGCGAUGCUAUGGACCAGCCCUGUGUUGUUCUUUAUACUUUUUCUAUUCGUCGCUUGGCAAUUCUUUGCCAAGAAGAAGGAAGCACUUACUUCAUGGGGGCCAGAUGAUCCUUAUAGCUCCACAUCGGCUAUGACUGGAGCUCCAUUAGGAACUGCUUCCGGGGACAGAUCUUUUGGAGACUCUUCUAGAGGUGGUGCUCUCAGAGGUCCAAGAAGGUAUGCCUCUCCCCCGCAUUAUCCUGGUGGAGCAACCAGUUCCUUUAGGCCGAGUUCUGCAGAUCAUAACCCGAGACCAGCUUCUGUUGAUCCAAAUUUCAGACCAUCUUCAGAGUUAAAAUUUAGGGGUUCAACUUUAGAAUCUUCCGGUUUUCCAAAAAGAAGAGAGAGUCUAUUUGCAAGCAAUCAAGUUGUAGAGGAUAGCAAUUGACUUGUUGAAUCAAUUGCAUGAACUUUUACUUCAGGAGUCUGAGAGUUCUUUCAGAUUUUAUCCUUUAGACAGUUCGUUUGGGACUGUGGCCUAUUUGAAAUUGAACUGCCAAUGUCUGUAACUUGUAACUUUGUAACUUCUAGUUGCAUGAGGAAAUAAUGAGGAAAGCUUAAAGCAUUUUUUUUUUU